CGAAGACUUUCUUUAUUUUUUAUUGUGCACGUCACGUCACGUCACUAACGUCAUUUUACUAUCAAAAUACUUGUUCCAAAAAUUAAUAUUGUUUUUCAUGAGAAAUUGAAUUACAGUGAAAAUGGAAUCUUAUGAAAGUGUUCUUCUCGUUAAGAAUGAAGUGUUUGUAUUUAAAAUACCACCAAGAACAUCAAAUAGAGGGUAUAGGGCAGCCGAUUGGAACUUACAAGAACCACAAUGGACGGGGCGUAUGAGACUGGUUGCCAAAUCCGAGGAGUUGAUUAUGAAACUGGAAGACAAAACUUCUGGGGAGCUGUUUGCUAAAUGUCCUAUUGACAAAUAUCCGGGGGUGGCUCUCGAGUCCGUCACUGAUAGUUCGCGUUACUUCGUUGUGCGGAUUCAGGAUGAUAAUGGUCGAACAGCUUACAUAGGUCUCGGAUUCGGAGAUCGAUCAGACUCAUUUGAUUUGAACGUCGCUCUACAAGACCAUUUCAAAUGGUUGAGAAAAGAACAAGAAGGAGAACAGGCUCCUCAGCAAAACCUUGACUUAGGUUUCAAAGAAGGGGAAACAAUAAAAAUAAACAUGAAGAUCACUAAAAAGGAUGGAAGUGAAGGCAGCCGGCCACGCCGUGGUGUGGGUGCUGGCGGUGGAGGAGGCCUUUUACCUCCUCCUCCAGGUGGCUCCCGGCUACCACCACCACCUUCCCCACAACAUGCUCCUUCACCCUCUGCUGCUGCUCCAGCUGCUGCUAAUUCAGAGUGGGGUGACUUCAAUUCAGCCAGUGCUCCAAGUCAACAACAACAGCCGACAACACCCGCCAACCAACAGAACUGGGUGCAGUUCUAAGCUCACUUACUAAUAUGUUAUUGUGAUUUGGUGUCUGUUGUAGGAUGGCACUCAUGUGUGUUGCACAAUACUUAAUAAUUACUUAAUUAUGUAGGCAUAUAUCAACAGCUCUUGUAUUCAUUCUGUAGUGAGUUAAAGAAAAUAUAUCAUUAUCAUUGUAGGAUAAAAUAUAUUAUUGAAACUUUAUGAGUAGAUGCCAGAUCACAAUAUAAAUGUAUGCAAUAAAUACUAUUAAUAUUAAUUAUCAUUGUACUUUACUAUCUGUAUAUGUUGUAACACUUGUAUAAUUACUUAGAUAUAUUAUGUGGUAGAAUAUUUUUGGCUCUAUAUAAUUGUUGUAAUCGUAAGUUGUUGAAUAUUGCAUGUCAUAGACACUAUCUAUGUAAAUAGUUGAGAGUUUAAAUGCCACAUUGUAUUAGAAGUUGCUGAAUAUAUAUAUUACAGAAACAUUAUACUAAUCACUGUAAUAAAAUAUGAGAUCUGUGUUGUUCACAUAUUAUGUAACAGAUGUACAAAUGUGUAGAAGGUAUAAUAGUGAAAUUAAUAUUCCAUUUCUUUCUAUAAAACUUAUUUAUCGUGUGUUAGUGUUGCAAGCAGGAUUGGUGAUAUAAACACUUACUUAUGUAUAUUAGUUUCUAUUUAUAUUAUUUUUUAUUUAAGACUUAUAUCAAGAAUUUCACAAAGAGAAUGUUGUAGCUACUUAUGAAAUAUAAUAUAAAGAAUUUGCUGAUGUACCCAGUGAGUUAUUAUAUGUUCUUAUGAUUGAGAGCUUAAAACUCAACCCAUACAACUGUUUGUUUCUUUGCACAGCAAUCAUGAAGAUCUCGAAUAA